UUUUUUGCUCGCCCGAGGUAAUAAAAGUAACGAAAGGUGAAGAUGCUGCGAGUAGUUCACAUUUUGAAAUCAAAGGGUACGCGUGUUCGACAAUUUAGUGCUUUCGAGGGUCUCCUGCCUUCAUCAGGAUGAUCCAAACACCGGUCUCUGUUCUUGUGCUUUGCACCACCCUAUUUCUGGGAUUCACCACGUGUGGAGGUCAAUUUCAAAGAAUUUUAACGACUUCCAAUCGAGGACAGUCCCAAUUUGGAGGACAAUAUCAAUUUGGAAGUCAGUCGCAAUUCCAAGCACAAACCGGAAAACAAUUCCAGUCCCAAUUUGGAAACAAUCGAGUAGAACAAAGCCGUAAUCUUCAAACAUCGAAUUUGAAAUCUGCAGUAACUUGUCCAGAGAAAAAUGGUCGAUUUCCGGUUCAUUCGCAGUGCGAUGCUUAUAUAGAAUGCAUCGAUGGGGUUGGUGAAGAGAAAUUGUGUCCUGAGGGAUUGCUGUUCAAUCCUAAUGUGAGAUUUAAUUAUCCCUGCGGUUAUCCUAUUGACGUUGAUUGUCUUGGUAGAUCAAGCCUUCAACCAGCACAGCCAACCAAAGAUUGUCCUCAUCAAUUUGGUUACUUUAAAGUUGGUGACCAACAAAAUUGUGGUAAAUUCAUGAACUGUGCGGAUGGUGUAGGGUACGUUUUUGAUUGUCCAGAGGGUCUGGCUUAUAAUUCAGAAACUUAUCGUUGCGAUUGGCCUGAUCAGGUGUCAGAUUGUGAUGCCGAAGCCUACCUAGGAUUUAGUUGUCCAAACGCUAAGGAAGGCGGCUAUCAGACUGGAGAAUUAAGAUUCUUCAGAAGUCCACAAGAUUGUCAACGAUAUUAUGUCUGUGUCAAUGGACGUCCACGACUUCAAAAUUGCGGCGAAGGAAAUGCAUUUAAUGACCUCAUAAACACUUGUGAUGCCGCUGAAAAUGUCACUGGAUGCGCACCUGAAUUUGAACAACGAAUUCCGACUAGCUUCAACAACGGUUUUCAAGAACAACAACAACCGCGACAACAACAGCGACAACAAGGUGGAGCAAUAUCGAGGUCACGAUUCGGUAGAUUCUAAAUUUUGAUAAAAAUAAAAGCACAUUUCUAUUAAAACCAAUAUUUUCUUAAUACCUUAAAAAAAAGACCUCCAGAAACAACAUCUUAAGAAUCAAAGGUCCGAACAAAACAUAUUAUCUCUAGGAUCGUCAAAGCUCUUCCAGAUACAGAAAGACAAUUCAAUCUGCCAAUAACAAUCUUAUUUUUAUUAUUGUCUUUACGUUCCCAUA